AUGGCCAAAGUGGCCAUCUGGAACAUCAGGGAGAGGAGGUUGACUGAAAGGCUGCUCUGCGACUGUGGGACCUAUUUCCGAUCCUCUCUCCGCUCAUGCCAGGGACGCUCCAGGACCGAGGAGCCACGCGAGGCCACUGCGACCCACAGUCGCCGGCAAGCAGCAGAGACAGAAGACACUCCGGCUGUGAAUGCCCAGACCGACGGAAGUGUCCGGCUAGGGCCGUUCUCCCGCGGGCGGCCCCGGGCUAUGCGCCUGGCGGCUGCGAGCGGCGCCGUCACGUAUGCGGGCGCGGGCUCCCAGCACUCUCCGGGCGGGCCGCGGGCAGGAGGGAGCCGAAGAUGGAGCUUCCCCGGCGGCCGGUGUGGAGGGUUUGGCCCAUUUGGAGAACAUGCUGUUAACGCCAGCUGGAUUGCAGUUCAGGAGCUGGAGAAGCUGGGCUUGGGAGAUGGUGUGGAUCUGUAUGUAUAUGAAAUCCCAGUUGAAUACCAAACAGUACAAAGACUAAUUCCCGCAUUGUGGAAAAAACACAGUCCACAAUUGGUGGUUCAUGUGGGUGUAUCAGGUAUGGCUACAACCGUAACCUUGGAAAAAUGUGGGCAUAACGUAGGAUACAAAGGCUUGGACAACUGCCGUUUCUGUCCAGGCUCUCAGUGUUGUGUAGAAGGUGGCCCAGAAUGCAUCGAUUCGAUUAUUGACAUGGAUGCAGUUUGCAGGAGAGUCUCAACGCUGGGACUUGAUGUCACGGUUACUAUAUCCAAGGAUGCUGGCAGAUAUCUCUGUGAUUUCACUUACUAUACUUCCUUAUACCAGAGCCAUGGCAGGUCUGCGUUUGUUCAUGUGCCUCCACUGGGAAAACCAUAUACUGCAGAGCAGCUGGGCCGGGCACUACAGGCUAUCAUAGAAGAAAUGCUUGAUGUUUUGGAGCAUUCUGAAGGCAAAAUCAAUUGUCGCCAUGAACACUGAAGUUGAGCAAAACUCCUACCACUGUUGCACUUCCAAAAUACUCCCCACUACUAAGUACUGGGGAAGCAGCCUGUCUGAAAUGCACAGAAAGAGAAUCGGAGACUUCAGAAUGAAAGUUAAUUCUACUUUCAGCAAUUCUGUGACAUUCUUCCCUUCCUGUGUGAAUUUCAUCUGAAACAAGAAAGGAUUUCAAGUCUUUCUUUUAAACCACCUGCAACUACUUAUUUCCUGAAGUGGCUGAAAAAUGUGUGCUGUUUUCUCUACAGAGGAUAUCUGUAAAUCAAGUGACAGCUAUUGAGCAGUCUAAUACAGUGCAGAUGGAAAGGUUUACACCUGGAAUCAGAGUUUUUGUGUGCAGGGAAUUGAUAAUACCAUCUUCUGAUUAAAGUCCUUAGUUUAAAAGAUUUGCUGAUUUAAAAAAAAAAAGUUUUAAUGUAAAAUUAUAGCUAUAAGCAGUUGGCAUAGAAGACUGAGCUUAUUUGGGCUUUAAACAGUUCUUGUUUGGGAUGGGAAGUCAUUUCUAAUUGUUUUAGAGGGGCACUGAAUCUUUUUUGCCAGUCCUAAAAUACCAGUGCAUUAGUGUGGACUUCUGUUAAGACUUUAAUAGUGCUGCAAACAGAAGGGGUACAUGGUUUUGAUUUCUCAUGUUGGGGAGUACUUGAGGUACAAAGAGGAGAUGGCUUUUUGUCUGUAGGAGACACCCAGCCUGCACCAAAUAUUUCUGAAAAAUGAUUUUAUUGUGCUCUUAAUACCACCUUCCUUGCUCAGAUUAACCAUAUACCUCCUUUACAAAACACAUGGUUUCAUAUGUGUAUAAAAUAAAACUCACAGCGGUUUGAAAAGCUUUGCUAGUGACCACUGUUUCCACAGGGGUCUCUUUUUCCCAGAACCUCAAUGCUAGAGCUUACCCUGCCCCCGUACCUUAAAAAGAACUCGGCACUCUUCUUUUUUUAUUGUCAAUCUUUGUUCUGUUUAGGGAUUGGAGGAAGAGUAACAUCUAAGGACUUGUCCGCACAGUGCAGCAAAGUGCUCUAGCGGCUUGUGCUCCAGCUGUCCCAUGAAGACCCUGCUGGUAUGCACUAACAGGUUCCUAGUGUGCGUUGACGGAAUCCUGCUUCAACACUGAACUCAUGCAUAGCAUGUUACUGUGCUUUACAAGUCACACCCUCUAGAGUGCUUUAGCGUGCCAUGUAGACAAGCCCUAAAUUAAAUAUUCAGUUACGCUGUCUCGGUUUAUUAUAGACCUAAAUAUGCCAAAAUGUGAAUGAAAGGCAACCUCGCCCCACAGCUAGCAGGCACUCAGCCUGACCCAAUGCAGACUGAGAGUUGCAAUGAUCUUGUUUACUCUGUGCUGAGCUCUGUAUUUGUGCUUCUCCUAGGGCGCUCCUGGGGCACCGGGAAGGAAUGACAAGAAGGUACCACGGCUUCCAUUAUUAUCUGUGGGGCGCCACUGGGUUGAAAAUCAGGACGCAGGAUUCUCUGCUGGGGUCACUCGCCCCAGUAGUAGCAAACAUGCACUUUUCUGACUGGUCCAUUCUAGUCUCAAAACCAAUUUUAGGGGGCAUGACGCAUCAGGGGCAAGUACAUGCCCCCAUUCUAGCUGCAGCCUCCUCUUGGGCAGCAAAACUUUUCACACUAGCGGUGUUGUGGGCCUGGUCCCAUUCUAGAAGUUUUUAAGAAAGCGCUUCUCACCAUGUAUAAACUGAGACUUGUAUUUUAAAAUUUCACUCAAAGGGGGCAUUUCUGGGUGGCCUCCACGGGCCCUCUGUUUGGUGAGAUGAUCUCAUUCGUAACGUUGAGACUAGGUCUGCUUGCUCUGCAGCCUUUCCAAAGCAGCACUUGGAAAGAUGGGUCUAGUGUUCUAGCCAAGAUUCAAAAAGGUCUUUGAACUAGUAGCAUGUGACCUUGACUGUAAAUUAUGUCGUAAGUGAAAGGUACAUAAUUCCACAACAAAAGUAACAGUGAAAUUGGUGCUAGCUAGCUUGUCUUUUUAGGGAGCCAUUUAAAUAAGAACUUAUAUGACUAGUUCUAAUACUUUUACUAAAAUGAUAUUAAACUACGUUUUGAAACCUGUUAGAAAUAUCUGUAGCUGUUUUAAGCUCUCUAAUUAUGAGUGAUUCUACUAUAGUAUCUCUCAAUGAUAGCUGCCACUUUACUGCUACUUCCCACCAGGAAGUCCAGUGACAAAGAAAAUACCACUUAACAUUUGAAUGCAUGAGGGAGGUUGGAGACUUCUGCAGUUUUGUUAAGGCAACUCUUUUGCUUGGGAAGCUAGUGCACAGAGAUGUUCAGAUAUACUUUUGGGUUACUUAAGAUUGGUUUUCUGUGGAAAUAUCGCCAUGUUUUCUUCACAGCUUUUCUGAUUGAUAGAACUUGCUUUAAAAGUCACCGUACAGUCUCUCCUGUGCAUUCAAUGCGGAGUAGCACUUUUGUCAGGCUUUCAUCAGGCAGGUCAGAUCACAAUUUCCUGUUUAGUAAUUUAUUAUAUUUAAUAUUUUGUUUAAAUAUUGAUGAUUUUACUCAUUUUUGUGAAUAGUGGAGGUAAUAAUCUUGUAGCUUUCCCUUUAAUUGGUAAGCAGUUCUGAUCAUCAAAAUGCAUCUUAACUGCUGAACCUCUUCAAAAAAGAGAAAUAUAUAUUCCAUUAAAUACAGUAGCUGACUUUUACAUAAUUUCUGAAACCAUUUAAAUUCCACUUUAAAAAGAUUCCUGGCUAUGAAGAAAAUGGAAGCAGAGCUCCACAGCUGAGUGAGAUAGAAUGACUAUAGAGUCGAAACUCCCAUCGGAUAGUCUCAAAGGGCUGCAGAUCAACAACCAUGUGUUCCUUGUAGGGUAUGUCCUCAAAGUCACAGGUGAGGCUGCCCCUACACAGAGAAGCUAAAGUUCAACUUGUCUGCAGAACUUUUAUUAGUUCAUCUUGUGUGGGCCAUCUGUCUGCUGAACAUUCCUCCUAAUUCAGUAAGGGAAGUCCUAGCAGCUCUGAUCCUCUGGAUAGUAGGCCAGUUUUACAUCUCAUUUUGGUCAGUGUUUCCAGUUCUAAGUUGGACACUGUCAACAUCUUCCUGUUGAAUGUUCAAUUGUAACUUUGAGUGCAGAUAGUCCUUAAGGAGUUACAGAUGGUCAGCCUCAGAGCCCCAUGCUCAGUGGAAUCCACUCAAGUUUAAGAAUGGAUUAUACUGUAUAGAACUGUAGAAAUAGGUGUACAGUUUUGUGAACAGAGAAAGUAGGAGGGAAGCUUCUUCUAGCAGAUAAAACUGCAUUCAGGAUUAGUCUGCUCAGUCAGUGGAGUCUCCCCAGCCAGGCACCCUUUCAGAAGUGCAUUUUGAGUCCCUUUCCACAAUCCUCCUUUGAGGGAAAAAACUUCACUGAUUUUCUGAGAGUGGGAGCAUGGGAUGUGAGCUCUGAGUGUCAGUGUCAAAGUUCUUUUUUCUACUAAUACGCUUGAUUUUGUUGUGAGCAGUGUUUUUAAUCGUUUGCAUUUCCUCAGUCUGCUUUUAUAAAGCUUCAUGGGAUUGGUUUUAUUUGCUAGAAAAUAUAAUUUAUUUUUUCUUUUGUUUUGAGAAUAAGUAGUUGGAGAUCACCUCUUUAAAGAGCUGGUGUCUUGUUUUAUUAGUGAACUUUUGUAUAGUGAUUUUUUUUUAAUUGUGACAUUAAACUAAUUUUAUUUAAAUCUGAGCUAAAUUAAAUACUUUUGUUGGUUUUUUUGCUGAUUUUUUUUUUAAUUUAAAUUCAUUAACUCGUGUUCUCUAAUAUAGACCUAUUUUGUUUGGAAUUACACCAUAAAAAUGGUCAAAAACUUCAGUUACUAUCUUGUGUAAUGUUUGCUGCCUGCUUCAUCCUCUGUUCAUUAAUAAAUAGAACUUUGCCUGGGAGACCCAUUGCCAGCUACAGAAUUUUUCAAACUAGCAAGUAAAUGUGGAAACCCAAAAAAUGAGUUAGUUAAAAUUCUGAUACCUAUAACUAGUAGGUAAAGUAAAGUAUGUGAAAUUCUAGUAACAGUCAUUGCAGCACUGUCUGUAUUAGGGUGACCAGACAGCAAAUGUGAAAAAUCAGGUCGGGGGUGGGGGUUAAUAGGAGCCUAUUUAAGAGAGAGACCCAAACAUUGGGACUGUCCCUAUAAAAUCAGGACAUCUGGUCACCCUAGUCUAUAUUAACACUUUGCUGAGAAACUGGAUAAGAGAGCUUGGUGGAUUUUGUGUUAAUGAGAGAUCAGGUUUGCAGAAUGGGGGAGAGAACUAGGGAGGUUUUGUUGUGUUGGUCAAGGUGUCUUUAUGUACUCACAGCUUGUGGGAGGUAAGGAGUUGGUGACACUUAUGGAUGAGACUCAGUUGUUUCAGUUAAUAAAAACUGUGGAGGAUUUUUGAGAAACUCCAGAUGCACUCAGACUCAUUCAGGGAUUGGUGACCCUAGUGGCAGGAGAAAUUAAGCUUAAAUAAAAACAUGGUAAUAUCCGUUAUAAAUCAGGGAAGAGAAGUACUGACUGACUCUGAACUUGAAGGCUUCUCUGAAAAUAAGGAUUUGGGAGCCAUGGUGGGUGUACUAAUGAAGACAGAUGCCCAAGGCUCAGCAGCCAUUUGUGCUUGAGUGCAUUUGAAAAAAGGAGAGUGAAAUAUGGGGGUGGGGAGGAAUAUAUCCAUGGUUCACAUUUAUGUGGAGUAUUGGCCAGCAUUGGCUGCCUCCUUUGGAAAGACUGAAAAAGACUGAAAGAGGUAUUGAGCAGGGUUGUGACGUGAGACUGCAAAGACUAGAAUUAUUUAGCCUGGAAAGAACAAUUUUACAAGGAGGGGACUUGGUUGAGGGUAUUCAAAAUUACAAGACAUAGUGAAAUUAAAAGGAGUACAUUUAGAAUGAAAAAAAUUACCACUUUAUGCAGCUCAGUGUUUGCAAUUCAUUGCUGCUGGUAGGCCUGGCUCUGUGGCCAGUAUCACUGGUACCAUGUAAACUAAGAAUCCUAACCUUUAAACUGACUGCUUGCCGGCGUCGAGAAGGGAUUUGUCCCCAUGCAGCCUUGCAUGACAGUGUGUGGAGGAUUGUCACUCUUCCUCUGAAGCAUUGGUAUUGGCUGCUGCCAGGGUCUGAUAUAUGACAACUUCUCUGUAUCUACUUAGGAUUUGGUCUGUAAGUGCUUGGCUUAUAAUAAGUCAAGUAGGGCUAUAAAUUGUCCCAAAUGUAGCAUUUAGACUUCAGUGAUGUGUGUUUUGUUUUUUUUUGUCUGCCCCAUCUUCCACACAGUGUUACCUCUUUGUGCCUCACCCAGCUGGCAAACAGUACCCUGGACACUGUCACACAGUGAAUCCAUGGUACAGCUGGGAUAAGAACCCAGAGCUUCCAGGCCUGGCUUCCAGCUGAUAGCACAGCCUCCCAGUAUUUUUUUGAAUGAAAAGUUUAAAAAAAAAAAAAAAAAAAAAAAAAAAUUGUAAUCUCCUAAAUGUGACAAAACACCAAUAAUCCUCAUACUGUCUGAAUGUGUAAUUAAGUGAAACGUUACAUACAAGCAUAUAUAUGAACUAUAUAGAAGAAUCACAGUGCAAAGGCCUGGCUGGACCCCAGGUGGGGAAAGGUCUUGUGGGAAAGAGCGAUUAAUUUGGCAGGUGAAAGCCUUGUUUAAAAGAGGAACCAUUACAUGAAAUAAACCCCCCACCUGAUUGUAUUCUGUCACCGCCCGCCCAAUGGUGGCCUGUGAAUUGGUUUUAAAUUGUAGCGUAAGUGUUUUUAAUCUUUCUAACCAUGCAUUUUUGUGAUACAGCAUUGAGCUCCCUUAAGAGUUAGUUGUAGUGUUAAAAACCAACUGUCUGGGGGUAACAUAAGAGAGAGUAACAGGCAGGUUUGUGUAUAUUCAUAUAUGGAGUUCGGUUUUAGGAAUCAUUCUGCAACAAGGAUGUUGUAGCUGAAUUCACAAUAGCUCUAAAUCCAUUUGUGUUUCUCGAAUGGGCUUCCAUAGAGCAGCUUCCCUCCAAGCGCCUUUGACCGUUUCACUUCUGGUUCAUAGAAAGCUGGUUUACAGCAAAAUCCGGGGGGGCGGGAAGCAAUUUGGUAGGGCUUCAAUCAAUUUAGCUUAUUCUAGGUUAUGUUCUAUUUUCAAAACUUUUAUGCAAGCUUUUCAAUAAAUGCCCCAAUUGCUCAUUUUUAUAUAUUGUAGAGUGUGUUGCAUUGCAUGUACCAGAAAUCCUACCUAGUAUUUUGCAGUGAAGAAAUGUCCUUUUUCCUUUAAAAACUAGUAUUUGCAGCUUGACAUAAUAAAUGUCUUGGUGUAAAAAUAAACAGCAGUUUCACUGAAUCUCCACAGCAGAAACAAAGCUAUAUUCAAAAAAAUUAAACCCACAAGAUACUCUUGGGCUGUAUUGUUAAUUCCUCACCCUAUUGAAACGUGGAAACAACUUCUAUUUAAAGAAAUAUUUUAAAACAAAAUGAAAUGCAAAGUGUCUUGCUGUAGACAAGAAUUAAAUAUGGGAAAUGAAACUAUAGCCUGCCCUGAAGUUGAACCCUGGGCUGUUUAAAUACAGGCUCAGGUCUUGUAUUGCACCAGCUUAUUGAAAUGCCUGGUUUAACUUGGAUUAAACAGAGAGUGCCUUUCCUUGGGCUUUGCUCCCUGGGAACACAGCCUGUUGGUGCGUGGGGAUAGAUGAGCCAUUUGCAAAGGGGUGCGGAAGGAAGAGGCAAGAUUGGACUCCUGUAGCUGGGAGAAAACAGGGACCACUUGUCAGUGUCCCCUUUAUCUGAGGGCAUGUUCUAUAGAAGCUCUGCAUUGACCUGAGCUCCUAAGACCUUCCCAGAACACAUCCAGGCCUAGUAAGGGAGAGCAGAGUAUGUGCUACUAAGUGCACUUGCGUGCGCACACACAACAUUCUUAACUGUUCACUGGGCUUCAGCAGGCUGACUGAAUUAUUGGCCAGAUUUCUUCAGAUCGUGUUCUCUUGUCCAGACAUCUCUUGUUUAUGCAUUUGCAGCAUCACUCAGCCUUUCAGGAUGGGCACUUUUGAACUUCUUCUGUUAAUUGUGAUCAGAUAAACAUUCUCCUCUUCCCCCCGCGCCCCCAAGUCUCUCAGGGGUGCUUAUCAGGACUAUUGUUGCUACAGUUAUACGUUUGUUGGGGCUUCUGUUUUUCUCAGUAGUUUCUUGCAGUGCCUUGUAAAACCAAACAAUCCAGUGUGUCACAAAAGGGCUGUGUUGUAAUGACCAAACAGUAACAUACUUUCAGCUUGCGUUGCUAGACUGAACUCUGUAACUGGAAAUUUAAAACUGAUAUUUCAAAAGUCAAUAAAGUGAGUUAAUUCUUU